AUGCUGAGUGUGCAUUGUUGUCGUGUGUCUGCUGAAGAACUGAAAGCCAACCUGACAUCCCUUCCUUAUAUUAAGGUAUACUUAAAGGAGGAAAUUCCUGAAGAUUAUCAUUACAAACACAACCGACGUAUCCAACCUUUGUUGGUGGUGCCUAAUGAAGGUUAUUCACUUACCUCACAUAAUACAACUUACAGAGGACUUGGGGAACAUGGUUACAACAAUUCUCUUCCAGAUAUGCAUCCAUUUUUUAUGGCAACUGGUCCCAGCUUCAAAAAAAAUGCUUCAGUUGACAUAUUUAACAGUGUUGAUUUGUACCCCAUGAUGUGCGCUAUUCUCCGUUUGAAACCAGCUCCAAACAAUGGCACUUUAAAAAUUGUGAGCUCGCUUUUCGAAACGGUGGAUAACGAGAGUUUCACAACAUUUAUUACAUAUAUUAUUGUCCUGGCUUUGACUGUCACAUUGGUGGUUGUCUUUGGUGUUGGGGCAUGUCGGCAGCAUCGGUUCUUGAAACGUAAACACAUGACAUUUCAUGGAGCAGGUUUCAAAUAUUCAGUAACCCCAGCUCACCACACACAAACAUCACUGUUAUCGGAUUCAGAAGACGACAGUGUGUUACCAUGA